AUGAACAUUCACUUUCGGUCUUCUUCAUACCUUGUCUCAAAUUCAAAGCUCGUUCAAAUCAACCCAUACUUUCAUCGCAAUUACCAUACUGGCAAUUCAAAUGUCAUUCAUCAUGAGGACUCUACCAUAUACGCCCUAUCAACUGCUCCAGGGAAAGCCGCCAUAGCCGUGAUCCGCAUAUCUGGACCAGCAUGCCUCCAGAUAUACCAAUCCCUCUGCCCUUCCAAACCCCUCCCAAAACCCCGCCACGCAACCCUCCGCCGACUAUACACCCCCCACCUCCUCCCCUCCCCCUCCACGAUCCUCGACUCGGGCGCCCUAAUCCUCUACUUCCCCUCCCCCUCCACCGUCACGGGCGAAGACGUCCUCGAACUGCACCUCCACGGCGGCCCCGCCAUCGUGCGCGCCGUCCUCGCCGCCAUCCCUUCCUCCCUCCCCGCCUCACACAGCCUCCAUACCCCACCUCGCAUCCGCUACGCCGAGCCCGGCGAAUUUACCCGCCGCGCCUUCACCAACAACCGCAUCGACCUCCCCCAAAUCGAGGCCCUCGGCGACUCCCUCUCCGCAUCCACCGAGCGGCAGCGCCAGCUUGCCGUGCGCGGCACCACCGCCGCCCUCGCCGCGCGCUACGAGCACUGGCGCCAGCUACUCCUCCUCGCGCGCGGGGAGCUGGAGGCGCUGAUCGACUUCUCCGAGGACCAGCACUUCGACGAGUCCCCGGCGGCGCUGUGCGCGUCGGUGGCGGGGCAGAUACUGCGGCUGCGGCGGCAGAUGGAGGCGCAGCGCGCGAAUGCGGUGAGGGGGGAGUUGUUGCGGAGCGGGAUUGGGGUGGCGUUGCUGGGGGCGCCGAAUGCGGGGAAGAGUAGUUUGCUGAAUCGGAUUGUGGGGCGCGAGGCGGUGAUUGUGGCGGCCGAGGCGGGGACGACGAGGGAUGUGGUCGAGGUUGGGGUGGAUCUGGGCGGGUGGUUGGUUAGGUUGGGGGAUAUGGCGGGGUUGAGGAGGGCGGGGCUGGCGGGUGGGGAUGUGGGAGAGGGUGGAGGUGGCCCGGUGGGUGUGGUGGAGCAAGAGGGGAUUAAGAGGGCUAAGCAGCGUGCACUUGAGUCGGAUGUUUUGAUUGUGGUUCAAGAUGCGUCGAGGGAUAUCGACCCCGAGGUCAAAGUAACAGCCAAGGAGUGUGUGGAUCUCGGUAUCAACGUCGUCGUUGCUAUCAACAAAGUUGACAAACUCUCAAACGCCACAGCAGCUGAAGCACGAUGGAAAGAAAUGAUUCAAUCUGCCCUCGACGUCCCAUCCGACCGCAUCUUCUUCAUUUCAUGCAGAAACGCCGUAAACUCUGACACCAAUUCCUCCGAACCAGACCCAGGAAACAUACAAUUUUUCCUCCAAGGCCUCAUCUCAACCUUUAAAUCCAUGACCUCCGCCCUGAUCCCGGACUCUGAUACCACCGACGACAUACCCGGCGCAUCAAUCUGGCAAGAGUCUCUUGGCGCCACAGAACGCCAGCGAGUCCUCCUCUCCGAAUGUCUCGACCACCUCGACACCUUCCUCACAGCAGUCGGCGCAGCCGACAUCGCUCCUUAUGAAUCACAACAGCUAUCCCAGGACCCGCUCUGGGAAGGCAAACUCGCACCAGAAAUAGAAGUAGGGGACGAACCCGCCAUCGACAUCGUCAUCGCCGCCGAGUCUCUGCGCGCCGCAGCCGACAGCAUGGCGCGAAUCACGGGCCGGGGCGACGCGGGCGACGUCGAGGAGGUCUUGGGGGUCGUGUUUGAAAAGUGA